AUGGCGAGUGAAACAGGUUCUUCCCUGUUUGCACACGUUUUGCUUGACUUGUUUGACCAAGUCCACGCCGGACAACAGCCUGACUCUGACCUGCCCCGUGUGCAGAUUGCAGUCGAUUCUGCCGCCAGAAGGGGUCGGAAAUACUCUUCCACGGUUGUUGAAGAUAAUAAGAACCUCGUUGAACAAGAAGCGUGA